CAAUAAGCCACUGCGCUGCUCGCUCUCUCUUAUAACUAACCGAUGGCUCGUAUUCAGCUCUGCAAAAUUCUUAUAUGGUCUUACGAUAUACAUUCUGUAGUUAUCAUUAUCUCAUUUUCUUCUGCCAGUCAUAUUAUGGUAUUUUCACUACAAUAACUUAAGGAGUCAUUGAAUUAACUGAUUAUUUUUCGAUAUUGGCAUGGAUAUGGCACACCUUUAAGGCUAUGAAUUAUUUCCUCCUGCUUUGUUUCCAGAAUUUCUACUACUGGGUUAUAUAAUAAUUUUAUUCAGUUUAUAAAUUAAAAGUUAUAUAUUUUUUUCCAAAAGCGCCAAUAAAACUGCUAAACUUGCAUCGUUUCCGUUAGUAAUUAAUGCUAAAAUGAGAGGGGUGUGUUUAUUGGUAUUCAACUAACUAGAUUUGCAUUUAAUUUACACAUGUAAGAGUGGAAAAGCCAUAACUAUACCACAAAUUAUUGCACAUACAAAGUCGAGUUGAUAAGACCGCGCAUCUCUCAACUAGCUAAGAACUUUAUUGAAAGGUGCUAGCAGAUGUAAAAAUCAACUUUACUACACGUAUUCAAGAAAAGUGGAUUCAUAUGCUCUACGCAGCAAUUCGAAGUGGUGGCACUUAUUUGCGGCGUGACUUGUGCAAUUUCAAUUACUCGGUACCUUUUUCCGUCUGCCGACAACAUAAAGCGCUACAGUAUCAUCAGUUUUUGGACAAAUCAAUUUUACGUUCAUUAAUUAAUAAAGUGGUUACAUAUAGCUCCAGUACUAAAUCAAAUAAACUCAUCAUGCCGGAAGAAAAGAAACCUCAAAUUGUUUUCGUUUUGGGUGGCCCUGGCGCUGGAAAAGGUACCCAAUGUUCCAAAAUUGUGGAACGUUAUCACUUUGUGCACCUCUCGGCCGGUGAUUUACUGAGGGAGGAACGUGCACGUGAAGGUUCAGAGUAUGGUACGUUAAUAGAAGACUAUAUUCGUAAUGGUAAAAUUGUGCCUGUUGAGGUGACAUGUUCACUGCUGGAAAAAGCGAUGCAAAAUUCGGGUAAAAAUAGAUUCCUUAUCGAUGGUUUUCCACGCAACCAAGAUAACCUUGACGGCUGGACACGUCAAAUGGCUGACAAAGUAAAUUUCCAAUUCGUAUUGUUUUUUAACUGUAAUGAAGAUACAUGUGUAGAACGUUGCUUGGCACGGGGUCAAGGUGGAUCUGGACGUAGUGACGAUAACUUGGAGAGUUUAAAAAAACGUAUACAAACAUACAAUAAUGAUUCGUUACCUAUUAUCAAACAUUACGAGCAGUUGGGUCAAGUAAAACAAGUCGAUGCUAAUCCAAGUGCUGAAGAAGUAUUUAAGAAGGUAGAGGAAAUAUUUUCCGAGGCUGGUUUUUAAAACAAGAAGGCUACCAGAAAUUCUAUGCAUUAUGGUGAAAAUGGUAUUAAUGUUAGUGUGGAACUCAUUAAAAUGGAUAAUUAAUUGUUUUUAAAUGGAUAUUAGAAAAUACUUAAUGUACUUAGGUACGAAUAUUUCAAUGUAAUGUACGAAAUUAAAGUUAUCGAAUGUAUAUAUGCAUGUCUUCAAGCCUAAUUUAAUUUAUGCAUUCUCUAUUUGUUUAGUAAUGAAAUCAAUAUAUUAUUUCAAGGAGGGACAGUUGUGAACACUGCAAUUUAGUCAGUAAGACUUAUAAAUAUUAUACUAAAUAAAAAGUUAAACAAUUCGUUAUUGGUUUGAUGUUUCCAAAAACUACAAA